AUGACUACUCGUCUGAAGCACAAUAGAAAGAAGAGAGGACAUGUUUCUGCUGGACAUGGUCGUGUUGGAAAGCACCGCAAACAUCCGGGAGGUCGCGGAAAGGCUGGAGGUCUGCUCCAUCAUCGAACUCUUUUCGACAGGUUCCAUCCUGGAUACUUUGGAAAGAGAGGAAUGCGCCAUUUCCAUCUUCUUCGCAAUCAAUAUCACUGCCCAAUCAUCAAUAUUGAAAAACUUGCUACUCUUGCUACUCCCGAGCAGAAUAAAUCCGACUCCAAGACUUCUGCAAUCGUAGUCGAUACCCUUGCCGCUGGAUUUGGUAAGGUUUUAGGAAAGGGUCGCUUUCCCACACAGCCAAUGAUCGUUAAGGCCCGCUAUUUUUCAAAGCGCGCAGAAGAAAAGAUUAAAAGUGCAGGUGGUGCUUGCGUCCUUGUUGCUUAA